CCCCUCCCCUUCGCUGUUUCUGUCAUCUCGUCGCAUCUUCUCUCGCGCACCGCGAUUAGUCCUUCAUCUACCUGGCUGCUCAUAAAACCAUUCCCUCACGCUCGCGGGGUGGAACUACGCGUUCAGUAACCCAGAACCGCUAACGUAACGAUGCCAGGUACCGAAUAACGUCGAGAAGAAAGAAAAUAUAGUUUAACCAUUGCGCGCGUCCACCUCGACAAAGUCACGCUCCGAUACGCACGACCACACGCGCCCACGGGAGAGAGCAGUUCACGCGCGGCAGAUGCUUCCCAGUCCUCGCUGAGAUGAUGGCUCUGUGGACGCUCUUCUGCAUCCUCGCCAUUGUGAAAAGCAGUGAUGGGGCAGAUACAGAAGAGAGACUGGUGGAGCAUCUUCUUAAUCCAGCCCACUACAACAAACUGAUCCGACCAGCAACUAAUGGUUCAGAACUGGUGACCGUGCAGCUCAUGGUCUCGCUGGCCCAGCUCAUCAGUGUGCAUGAGAGAGAACAGAUCAUGACCACCAAUGUCUGGCUUACACAGGAGUGGCAGGACUACCGGCUAACAUGGAACCCAGAUGAGUUUGACGGCAUGAAGAAGGUCCGUCUUCCUUCCAAACAUAUUUGGUUACCUGAUGUUGUUCUUUACAACAAUGCUGAUGGCAUGUAUGAGGUGUCUUUCUACUCCAAUGCCGUCGUCUCCUAUGAUGGAAGUGUCUUCUGGUUGCCACCAGCGAUCUAUAAGAGUGCCUGUAAAAUUGAGGUGAAGCACUUCCCAUUCGACCAGCAGAACUGCACUCUGAGCUUCCGCUCAUGGACCUAUGACCGCACAGAAGUAGACCUGGUUCUGCGUGCGGAUGUGGCUAGCAUGGACGAUUUCACGCCCAGCGGCGAGUGGGACAUCAUCGCUCUGCCCGGCCGUCGAAACGAGAACCCCUUGGACCCAACCUACGUAGACAUCACCUAUGACUUCAUCAUCCGCCGCAAACCUCUCUUCUACACCAUCAACCUCAUCAUUCCUUGCGUCCUCAUCACCUCGCUGGCCAUCUUAGUGUUCUACCUGCCAUCAGACUGCGGGGAGAAGAUGACGCUCUGUAUCUCAGUGCUACUGGCCCUCACUGUGUUCCUGCUGCUGAUCUCCAAAAUUGUGCCACCCACGUCUCUCGAUGUCCCUCUGGUUGGGAAGUAUCUGAUGUUCACCAUGGUGCUGGUCACGUUCUCCAUUGUUACGAGUGUGUGCGUCCUGAACGUGCAUCACCGGUCACCCACCACACACACUAUGCCUCCGUGGGUAAAGUUGGUGUUCCUCAACAAGUUGCCCACCCUGCUCUUCAUGCAGCAGCCGCGCAACAGCAGUGAGCGACAGCGUCUGCGCCAACGUCGUCGUGCCAAUGAACAGCAGGAAGGUGGGCGAGGGGGUCUGGCUGCCGGGCUUAUGGCGGGGCUGGGCCUGGGCGGCUCUUCAUCAGGGAACAAUGAGAACAAUGAGGCGUGCACAUGCUAUGUGAACCGAGCCUCAGUGAAACAGUUUGGGGCAGAGUUGGGUGGAGGGGGUGGCGCAGGGGGGUCGACAGAUGGACUAAACGGGAUAAGGGAAGGGGGGAGAGAGGCCAGGGAAGGAGGUUCAAAUCCAGUGCAGAGCUCUGCUCUACCUCGGGGGAAGCAGCAGCCCCCUACAGUCCUCACACAGGCUCUGCUGGCCCAGACCUGCCCAGGGUUCGAUGAGGCUGUAGAUGGAGUCCGCUUCAUCGCAAACCACAUGAAGAGCGAGGACGACGACCGUAGUGUGAGUGAGGACUGGAAGUACGUCGCCAUGGUGAUCGAUCGUCUAUUCCUCUGGAUCUUUGUGUUUGUGUGUGUCUUUGGCACAAUCGGAAUGUUCCUUCAACCUCUGUUCCAAAACUACACAGCGAAAACUAUCACCAACACACCUGGCUGACUAACCACCAGCCCCCGCCACACCAAUGGACGCUACCCACCAUCAGUUGGACAGGAGGGCGAAGGGAGGAGGGGGGGUCUGCCGAAGGGGAGGGCAAAUGUCACUCUGGACUAACGUUAAGUUUAUAUGAACCUUUUUUUGGAAUAUCACACAGAGUGGGGAUUUUGUCCAGGAUUCUCGUUCAGCCCUCUCGUCCAGUCCACCUUCCCCUCCUUUUAGGUGAAAAACCACACAAGCCAAUCGGAGAGAAAGGAGACACCUGUUUACUUUGCUCAGCAGCCAAUCAGCACUCUUUUCUGCAAAUAGAAAGCCAUCCACCGCCCACAAGCUCUGAAACGAGCAGUCUGCUUCCUCAAGAGUCACAUGACUUCCCGUUUGUUACCUGUAAAUGCAAUCUAGCCAGACAGGGAUGAACUGAAAUGCCUGUUCUAACAUCAUUUCUAUCAGAUUUUCAUAAUCAAAUCUGUCUUAUUUAUUUCUUAUGGUCUAGAAGCCUGUCAUGAUCCAUGUAUUGCAAAUACAACAACAUUCUCAUUUCUGUGCGAAAUCAAGCGUCUAGUCCUUGGAAAAAUGGGCUUUGAUGCAGUAUUGUAUUAUUAUUCAUAUAAUUACUGUGUGAAUUGUAUUGCUACAACACACAACAUAAAGAGGGAGGAUGCCUGAUGAGAUCAGAGUGAGAUUGUUAAUAGACAAUGACUGUGUAUAAAGGAUUGGUGGUACUAUGAAAACAGUUACAUUUGCCAAAAAAGGGCCCCACCGAGGGUCUCUGUGGUGUGGGAGAGGAUUCCCACCCAUAAAAAUGUUGUCCCAAGCCUUGUGAAUUUUCAGUACAACACUGAACAGAUGAGCGAUGAGCUCAGUGAGUCCCUUUAGCCCCUAAAUACUUUACUGAGGUCUGCCGUGGUCGGACAGAAUGGCUAAUACAUAGACUAGUCUUAAAGAAUGUUCAAAAUUGAGACACUGAAAGACCAAACUGACAUGAAAAGUUGUCAUGGUGAAAUUCUGAGCAGUAUUGCUUUAGUAAUGGCAUCCUGUAUCUUCAUUUCACUCCCUUUCUCCUCUCCUCCUCAUUUAUCUAUCCCGUUCUUAUCAGUCCUCUCACACCACAUUACUUGCACCUUAGAAAUGCAUAAUAGCUUCUCAUGAAAAUAUAAAGCCAUUGAUUAUGACCAUUCCCAUAUUCAAAAACACAUUUGGUAAGUGACUUUGGAUAUCCCUUGGUUUUAGGUGAUUAUUUACUGGAUGUAAAAAUCAGUGACCCUGUGCUUACAAAUUGGCAGAUUUCAGCAUAAUUUGAAUGCUUGUCAUUCACAAAUUCUAUGCUUUUUGUUUGUUUAUUAAGUAUUUUGGCUAAUUUGAUUAUGCUUUCAGCUAUUUGUAAAAGUACAGUACUCUCAGCUCCAUUUAACUUUUGCUUUAAAUAUUAAGGUAAAUAUCAGAUUAUAUAUACACACUACCGUUCAAAGUUUGAAGUCUGUAAGAUUUUAGAAGUCUAUUAUUGUCACCAAGGCUGCAUUUAUUUGAUCCAAAAUACAGCAAAACCAUAAUAUUGUGAAAUAUUAUUACAACUUAAAAUUACAUUUUCUAAUGUAAUAUAUUUUAAAAAUGUCAUUUAUUCCUGAUGGCAAAGCUGAAUUUUCAGCAUCAUGACUACAGUCUUCAGUGUCACAUGAUCCUUAAAAAAUCAUUCUAAUAUACUAAUUUGGUGCUCAAGAAACAUGUCAAGAAACAAACAGUUGUGGAAAAUGGGAUACUUUUCCCCCCAGGAUUCUUUGAUGAAUAGAAAGUUCAUAUAUAUAUAUAAAAACGUAUAAAACGUUUUGUAACAACGUAAAAGUCUUUACUGUCACUUUUAAAUAAUUUAAUGUAUUCUAGCUGAAUAAAAGUAUUAAUUUUUCAAAAAAAUAAAUUGUACUGACCUCAAACUUUUAAAUAGUAGUGUAUAUUAUACAAUAUAUAAAGCCUAGAGCUCAUAAAAACACAGUGAAGCAAUAUUGCUAGCGAUUUCCUCUGCUAAUUGAGUCUCGGUAUCAUUCUUCCUAUUUGCACAUCAUAUCUUGACCCCAAUGAAUUCGAGGUCCACUAGCUGGCAGUUAAGACUUUAAGUGUGGAUUUCUCUAUCAGUUUCAUCCAUACGGUUCAUUAAGCAGGGAAUCUCCAAAACUCAUCUUUCAGAAAGCAGAUUAUGCAAAAAUGUUCACCCAUGGAUUACAUUACUAUAUUUCCUGAGCGCUUCAAAUGACCCCACUCAUGCUAUCCUUCUUUAGUCUUUCUCAUUCCUCUCAUAUUUCUCUCACCAGCACUGCUCUGCAAAAAAAGCCCUAUUACAAACCACAAAGCUGCAUAGUACAGCUGCUCUAUUACAUUAACAUAUCCUGACCGUUAGCUUAAAAAAAAAAAAAAAAGGAUGAAAGUCAAGCUAUAAAUGCAUUACUUUUGUCUUUGUUUGGGCUCCAAAUGGCAGGAGGUUUCCAUUAAGUCGCCAUGUGCGUUCACUGUGUGACAUCAGCGACAAGUCAGUAUUCACCACACAGGGUCAUGUCUCUAUUCAUUAAAGUAUACUGUCCAUGAAAGCAAGCAAAUCGGCUUUCAUAACCAUAAGUGCUUAAGUGUCUUUAAUUCAUCAGAGGAAAAAUGGAAUGAAGGGAAGAGACAAAGGGAGGAGUGCAUCACCCUAUACGUUAUGCCAUGUCACGAUCAAGUCAGCCUAUUCAAUACUGCAAUAAUACAGAACUGUGACGUCACAAUGAUUCCUGUGUCAAAACAUCUGUGUGUUGGCCAAUCAGAGUGCACCUUCUUAUUCACACUGGCACUUAAAUGCCCGCCUCCUAUUCUCACCUCCCUACCUUGGCUGACCGAUCACAUUUAACCUGUCAAAUAAAGAUUAGAAAUUCAUCAGCUCUUCGUGUUUGACAAUUCUUGGCCUAUUUGCACAAAUAACACUUGUGUUUCUCUCUUAGGGAAAGUUAAACUCAAUGUUUUGCACUGUAUGCAAUGUCUUUAUUAGUUCUGUUUAAAUCCUCAAACAAGAUGGUCUAGAGUACUUUUUAAUUGGAUUUUGUGUUAUUCUGCUGCCCAAGGACUUCUCACUAGUCUCUAAACUCACAUCCGUUGGCAUUGCCAUCUCCUGACAACAUAAUAAAUUCAUGUCUUAUUUCAA